GUCAUCGAGCUGCCAUCGGCGAUGACGAUCGUCGCUGUGAAUUUUGCAGCAAACUAUUCACCCAGAGGAAGAACAUGCUGCAACACAUCAGGAACAUCCACAAAGUGGCCGUGGAUGUCAAGAAAUUGAUGAAAUGCGACGUAUGUGGCACUGCCGUGCCUACAAUGGAGAAGUAUUCGGAGCACCACAUCGCUGCGCACAACUUCGACGCUGAGUACGCGCACAUGGUGUUCCGGAACGAUAAGGAAUUUAAUGAAUGGAAAGCAAGAGAAGAGGCUAGCCAGAACUGCUGGUUCAUUUUGCCAAGGGGUGCCAAAAAGCUGGCCAGUGGAGAUACAAGGAUUCACUAUUACUGUAAUAGGUCAGGCGAGGCGAGGAAAAAGGAAGGUCAUGGUGACCGUCGGGAGAAAAGUCAGGGAAGCUGCAGGUCUGGUAAGGUUGCAGAAACCACAUCCUGAUAGAGGCCGAAUGCACAAAUGCUUGUGUACUUUGGUAUGGCUGCACAUUGAGAAUCCCAGGUCGCAGAGAUUCAUCCAUUGCCCUCAUUUUUUUUGCUGUGAUUUAAGAGUAAUGUUUGUGCUGUAACCUUGUAUCCCUCUUAUUCAGACUAAAUGUGCAUGCAAAAUUAUAUCUCUUUCUCUACACCAUAGGGUCCAUAGCUGUGUUUUGAUUUUUGACGUGUCUGCAUGUGCUGUAGCAAGGAUUUUCAACCAUCACUCACAGAAGAAAAAAAAUUUGACAAGGAACCAACAAAUGGUGUGUAGCAGUUCCUUUUAAUCUGUGACAAAUUUUGCAUUGUUUAACCAUGUGUUAGCAACAUUGUGUUACCUUACUGCUUUGGAACUUUAUGGUUUUGUUCAAGCAAGAUGUACUUUGAAUAUUCUGCAAAUUUAUUCUGUAUGCACUUGUUACAAUAAAAUUUGUUUUAGGAAUGUACGA